CCUCUUCUUCUUUUCUCUUCAACUCCACCCCUUCCUUUUCCCUGUUCCCAUAGACUCCCCCCCUUCUCUGCCCACUCAACCCCCACCGCCUUUCCUUCCCUCCUCCUAUUACCACUCUUUAUUUCCAUUAUGGGUAAGAAGACCGCUGCCACCGUCAACCCGAAGCAGAACUGCGCCUGCGGGCGUCACGCCAUGGGCGAAAAGGAAGCCUGCCGCUUCUGCCCCAACGUCGUGUGCGACAGCUGCCGCGAGGAGUACUGCUGUGGACCCAUUUGCGAAAAGUGCGAAAGUGACCGCGAACACCUCAUGAAGUGUGACACGUGCGAGGCCCCCGUCUGCGAGAAGUGUAUUGUCAUCACCAAGGGUGCGCGUGAAGGAAACUCGUGCAAGAGCUGCAAGACCGGCAACGCCGUCCCCACCGCUGCCGCGGCCACUAUCGGCGCCUAAGCAAGGCAAGGCUAGGGUGUACGAGAACCCGAAGGGGGUCAGCAAGUAUUCGACUGCGGUUGUUCAAGCAAAGGACUGAACGGAAGGUCGAGCGAAUUGGGAUUUACUAGCGUCGAUGAAGGAAGGAAGGGGAGGAAGAAGUCCAAGUGUAUCGGCGAACGGAUAGAGAAGCAGAGAGCUUUGUUCGGACUCUUGGAUAUUGUUUUUUUUUCCUUCUUUCUUUCUUUCAACUACUUUGGGCAGUUGGUUUCGCUUUUUUUUAUUCGCCUGCAGGGACUUGUAGCUGUUAUAUUUGUACACACUCUUAUCAUGCGCCUUUUACACCAUUUUUAACAGAUUGCUAUCGGCAAGCUGUUUGUACAGACAAGCCUGAAUAAAACCGACGGACCUUUUUCA